CGUCUCGUCGAUAUAUCGCUUAGCAUUUUAUAGCUCGAAUCCGCUCGAGACUGCAUUUCAAAAGUGCACGUCGUUUUAUCUGACAACGAUUUUGAAGUGUGAGAGAUUUCUUCAUGGUUCUGUCCCCCAAUUAUUUAUGUUAGGUGUUAGAAAAUAAUUAAUCUUUGAACUGUUACAUCGUUUGAUAAAUAUAAAAUCCAAUUGUGUUCGAUGUGGUUCUCGAAGGUUUGACAGAUACGAUAAAAUCAAAUAUUCUAGCUAUUGCGAUGUGCACUAAAAUCAUCACGAGGGUUGGAUGAAGUUAGGUUAGAUUACGUUAAGUUGACUUGAUAUUUUACUAGUAAACUAAAUUACUAAAUUGUAAUUAUUGAACAUAAUGGACGACCAAAUCUGUCCCCGUUGCAAAACGACAAAAUAUCGAAAUCCAUCGUUGAAAUUGAUGGUCAAUGUCUGCGGUCACGCUUUGUGUGAAAGCUGUGUUGAUUUGUUAUUUUUGAAAGGUUCUGGUGCUUGUCCUGAAUGUCAAAUACCAUUGCGCAGAACAAACUUCAGAGUCCAACUUUUUGAGGAUUCUAUGGUAGAAAAGGAAGUUGAUAUACGGAAAAAGAUUCUGCGGGAUUUUAAUAAGAAAGAAGAAGACUUUGCUACUUUGCGAGAGUACAAUGACUACCUCGAAGAAAUUGAAAGCCUGAUUUACAACCUUGCCAAUAACAUUGAUAUUAUAGAAACAAAUAAGAGGAUCGACCAAUACAAAAAGGCGAAUAAAGAACAAAUAUUGAAAAGCAAAUCUAAGAUUGGCAGGGAGGAAUACGAGCUUGAAGAAUUACUCGAAUUAGAGAAACAACAAGAAGAGGAACGAAAACUGGAACUCAUGAAACAAGAAGCUGAAUUGAAAAAGAAGAGAAUUCGCGAAAAAGAAGCUCUAAUAGAUGAACUUAUGUUCUCCGAAGCCAAUGCUAAAAAUAUCGUCGAAACAUUCGCCUCUACGAUACAUGCGACCAGAGAAGAAGCCAAAGUUGUUCCUGUUACAAAAGUUACACAAUUUAGUACUGGUAUUAAAUUUGGAAGGCAAGGUCAACAGACUUUUCUGCCUGUGCCAAAAGUUGAGGAGGGCCCAGUGUUUGUUUAUCACUCUAUCGAACAAGAAGUGGAAGGUCCUCAGCCGCCAAGUUGGCAAGAAAUGGAAUCUCGGGGCUAUGUCACUCAUGUUAGAACCGAAACUCAGGCAGAUAGGGCUGGUGGUUUCAAAUCAAACAUCGCAUGUCUCAGAGCCUUGCAAGAAGCCAUGGCUGGUCUGUACCACAAUCCUUCACAACGCCAGGCUGAACCGAUGGCAAUCUGACCUUACGACUGGUCGUAAGUGGAUAAUAUGGACUGAAAUAGAACUUCAAUUAAACGUUAAAACAGAAGCUUGUACACUCCUCAAAACAAUUAAAGCAACACUAACGUCUGAGCGAAAACUAGUGAAUUUUCAAACGGCUGUAUCUUUGGACCAGAUGCUCUUACAGGGACGAUGUGGCAUUCAAAUUGAAGCUUGCAGUGACGCGGUUCAAAUUUGAAUGCCAGGUCGUCCCUGUAAGAGCUUCCGGUUCAAAGAUACAGCCGUUUUAAAAUUCGCUAUUUUUCGCUCAUUGUCAGACGUUAGGUGUUGCUUUAAUUGUUUUGUGUGUAUAAUGUGUCAAAAUAAACAACAGAUCGAAGAGUUACCUUGUAAGGAGUUUCUGUGUGCACCAAAGGUGUUUGAAAAUUUUAUUUGUCAUGGUAAUACUGACAAUGAGAUUAUUUAGUACCCAGAGGUACCCAGAGGUUUUGAAUUAUUAAACUCUUUGCUUUAUUACUUGGAAAGGUGGUGUAAAGUUAAUACAAGUGUGGCUUUUAACAACCAUUACUUAAUAGAUCGUUGGUGAUAAAUAUACGAGAAACUAUAAUACGCUAAAAUAUAAAUACUCCUUCUGUGAUGGGAACUGAUGAGAGAACUUGUUCUUUUGUACGUAAAGUAUUGUAUAUAUUUGUAUCGGCAUAAGCAAAUUGUCAGAUCUCAAUUUGCAAGCUAGAAAUAUAUAGGAAAAAAUCUGAAAUAAAUUUCUGAGGAUGAGUGUA